AUGCAGAAUUGGGCUCAAAGGCUAGAGCGUGAGAUUGAUGGAGUAAUGAAGAUAUUUGGUGAUGUUAAGCAGCUCAGACAGAUCUAUGAUGAGAAGAAGAAUUUAUUUGAAGUAAGAGACAACAUCCCUGAAAAAAUCGUGGAGAAAGUGGCAGGGGACAUUGAGAGUCUCCUGGCCAAGAAAGUCCAAGCUUUAAAGAGAACUGCUGAUGCGGCAGAGAAGUUUCAGAAGGCCCAUCGAUGGCAAGACAACAUUAAGGAGGAAGAUAUUGAAUACUAUGACUCCAAGGCUGAUACAGAAUAUGAUGACCCAGAAGGGGAAGAGAUUGAAAAAGAGAAAUUCAAUUCCUUGAAACUGGAAUUCACAGAUGAUGACAACUUCAAAACCAAAGUUAAUUACUCAUAUGCAGCUGUACAGAUACCUACAGAUAUCUACAAAGGCUCCACUGUAAUCCUCAACGAACUGAAUUGGACAGAAGCCUUAGAGGAUGUGUUUGUGGAAAACCGAAAAGAAGACCCGUCUCUGCUGUGGCAAGUCUUCGGCAGCGCUACAGGGGUAACCCGCUUCUAUCCAGCCUCCCCAUGGAGAGCCCCCAAUAAGAUUGACCUGUAUGAUGUCCGAAGAAGGCCUUGGUACAUUCAAGGGGCCUCAUCUCCAAAAGACAUGGUGAUCAUUGUGGAUGUGAGUGGCAGCGUCAGUGGCCUGACACUGAAGUUGAUGAAGACCUCAGUUUAUGAUAUGUUGGACACCCUCUCAGAUGAUGACUACGUUAAUGUUGCUUCUUUUAACCAAAAGGCGCAACCUGUGUCCUGCUUCAAACAUUUAGUCCAAGCUAAUAUCCGCAACAAGAAGGUCUUCAAAGAGGAUGUGGAAGGAAUGGAGGCCCAAGGAACCACUGAUUAUAAGGCUGGCUUUGAAUAUGCCUUUGAGCAAUUGCAAAAUUCCAACAUCACAAGAGCCAACUGCAAUAAGAUGAUCAUGAUGUUUACUGAUGGAGGAGAAGACCGAGUGCAAGAUGUUUUUGAGAAGUAUAAUGGACCCAACAAGACGGUACGAGUAUUCACCUUUUCUGUUGGACAGCAUAACUAUGACGUCACUCCCCUGCAGUGGAUGGCUUGUGCUAACAAAGGUUAUUAUUUUGAAAUUCCUUCCAUUGGCGCUAUCCGAAUCAACACUCAGGAAUAUCUCAAUGUCCUAGGAAGGCCCAUGGUCUUGGCUGGAAAUAAAGCAAAGCAAGUUCAGUGGACCAAUGUCUAUCAGGACGCUUUAGGCCUGGGUUUAGUGGUAACAGGCACUCUGCCUGUAUUUAACCUCACUGAUGAUGGCCAGUCUCGCGGGAGCAGUGAAUGGAAGAACCAGCUCAUCCUGGGUGUUGUGGGGAUUGACGUGGCUCUAAAUGAUAUCAAGAAGCUGACACCACGGUACAAUUUGGGGGCUAAUGGCUAUGUAUUUGCUAUUGACUUGAAUGGAUAUGUAUUGCUACAUCCAAACCUGCGACCUCUGAUCAUCAAUUUUCAAGAAGCUGUAACCUUGGAUUUCCUUGAUGCUGAACUAGAGGAUGAGAACAAAGAAAGGAUUCGCCGAAGCAUGAUAGAUGGAAAUAAAGAUCAACAAUAUAUUAAGACUCUGAUAAAAUCCCUUGAUGAGAGGUAUGUUGAUAAAGUUCAUAGAACCUACACUUGGGCACCUAUCAAAAGCACAAACUACAGCUUAGGUCUGGUCUUACCGAAUUACAGCAGAUCUUACAUCCAAGCUAAUCUAAGCGACCAGAUUCUCCAGGUGAAGUUACCAAGCAAAUUGAAGGAUUUUGAAUACCUGCUGCCAAACAGCUUUGAGUCCGAGGGACAUGUAUUCAUUGCUCCAAGAGAAUAUUGCAAAGACCUCAACCUGUCGGAUAACAACACUGAAUUCCUGGAAAACUUUAUUGCCCUCAUGGAAAAGGUGACGCCUGACUCCAAACAAUGUGACAACUUCCUUCUUCACAACCUUAUCCUGGACACUGGAAUUACACAACAGCUGGUGGAAACAGUAUGGAAGAAUCAAGAUUUAAGCACAUAUAGUCUUCUAGCUGUGUUUGUUGCCACAGAUGGUGGCAUCACCCGUGUUUUCCCUAACAAAGCUGCUGAAGAUUGGGAAGAAGACCGAGAGCCCUUCAAUGCCAGCUUUUAUCGAAGGAGCCUAGAUAAUAAAGGCUACAUCUUUAAGCCUCCUUACCGAGAUCCGAACUACAGAGGAUCAGAGCCAGAGAGCAAUCCUGUUGGGAUCCUAGUUAGCACAGCUGUAGAACUCAAUCUAGCAGAGAGGCAUCUGAAGCCAGCAGUGGUUGGAGUAAAACUUGACUUGGAGGCCUGGACACAAAAAUUUAAAGUCCUUGCUAGCAAUCAAACAGAUCAGCAAAAAACACGAAGAUGUGACCUCUCCACAAGCUGUGAGAUGGACUGUGAUACUAAUGACAAGGAUCUGCUUUGUGUGCUUAUUGAUGAUGGUGGAUUUCUGGUGAUCUCCAACCAAGAAGACUACAAAUAUCAGGUCGGAAAGUUCUUCAGUGAAGUGGAUGCCCAUUUGAUGUCUGCUCUCUACAACAAUUCAUUCUUCACACAGAAAGAAUCCUACGACUUUCAAUCUGUCUGCGCUCCAGAAGCUCCAAGCAACACAGGAAGUGCACCACGUGGGGUCUAUGUGCCAACCAUGGCAGAUUUCUUGAACCUGGCUUGGUGGAGCUCAGCAGCUGCAUGGUCUCUAUUUCAGCAGUUCUUGUAUGGAUUAGCCUAUAACAGCUGGUUUCAAACAGAGGAUGUUUCAGCAGACAACAUGGAAUCCAAGGAGACCAGCUGCAUUAUGAAGCAAACCCAGUACUAUUUUAGUUCUGUUAACUAUACCUACAACACCAUCAUUGACUGUGGAAAUUGCUCUAGGCUGUUCCAUGCACAAAGGCUUGCUGGGUCUAAUCUUCUGUUUGUUGUAGCAGAAAAGCCAAUAUGCAAUCAGUGUGAAUCCACAAAACUUCUCCAAGCAGAGAUAAAAGCUCCUCCAGGAGAUCGCAAUCAAUGUGAGCUAGUAGAGAAGCCACGUUACCGAAAGGGUCCCCGCGUCUGUUUUGAUUAUAACAUAACUGAAGACACUUCGGAUUGUGGCAGAGGGGCCUCUUUUAGACCUUCCUUGAAGAUCUUGUUAUGCUUGCAGUUACUCCUUCUCUAUUUGACUGCAAGUCACCAUUCGCUGCCCUUGGCAUUUUGCCUUUGA